UAGAGUUUUAAGUCAUCGCAAUUGAAAGGAAAACAGUACUAAGUUAAUACUUGUUCUUUCAAUCGAGAUAAUGGCUCAAGCAGUGAGGUGUCUUGAUGGUCAGUCACUUUUGUGUCAGGCCAAGGCCGGCCAGAACAUGCAGUGUCCCAGGAACCAGAACAAUUCGAGUGUCAUUGGACAUCAGGAUGCAAGGGAACUGGAAAUCAUUUGGGGUUCUGACACUCGCUACUGGAAGUGGACAAGCAUGCAAAUCGGUGGACAUUGCAUUGAAGUUGCUGAAUUGAUUGAUGUCUGCUGGCUGGAAAUCAAUGGGAAAUACGCGAUGAAAAAACUUACUCCAGGAAUGGAUUACCAAGUGAAGUUCGUGUUGAAGCUUAACAACAACUUUAACAUUGACAAACCAGUGACCUUUAGCCUGACUACUCCAGAGGGAUGCAAGGAAGAGCAUAAGGAGAACAUGAUGCAAAUGCCAAGAAACCAAAUCAUUACCAUCAAUGCCGGGGAGUUUCAGACCCCCCGGAACAACUGUGGAUGUGGAGAAGUCAAGUACCAGAUGAUGAACACUGAUGGCUUCUGGAAGCGUGGCCUGGUUGUCAUUGGAGUCGUCAUCGUGCCCAAAUACAAUUAAAUAAAACCAGUAUGCUAGUGAACUACUCCUAAAUACCAUCUCUAUCAAUAAAUGCAACUCAGUUACAUGGGUGGCUGUUACUAAUCAGAAUGAUAUGUAAUAGAUAACAACUACCUGCUAAUGGUGGCUUGAUGAUCAUGCAUAAAUAUGAAUAAAUAUAUGAUGGUGGUUUAUUAUUUUCUUUGCA